CUGCUGACAACUGAGUGCAGCUUCAGGAUGGCGGGGGGUCGGAGGGGACUUGUGGCCCCCCAGAAUACUUUUUUGGAAAAUAUUGUCAGGAGGUCGAACGUUUGGACUCUGUCACAUAGGCAGACAGACACCAACUUCGUCCUUGGAAAUGCCCAGAUCGUGGACUGGCCCAUCGUCUACAGCAACGAUGGCUUCUGCAAGCUGUCGGGGUACCACCGAGCAGAAGUGAUGCAGAAGAGCAGCACCUGCAGCUUCAUGUAUGGAGAGCUCACAGACAAGGACACAACGGAAAAAGUGCGACUAACAUUUGAGAAUUAUGAGAUGAACUCGUUUGAAAUACUGAUGUACAAGAAGAACAGGACACCUGUUUGGUUUUUUGUGAAGAUAGCCCCCAUUCGAAACGAACAAGAGAAAGUGGUCCUGUUCCUUUGCACGUUUAGCGACAUCACAGCUUUUAAACAGCCCAUAGAGGACGAUUCUUCUAAAGGUUGGGGAAAGUUUGCUCGCCUGACUCGAGCUCUGACGAGCAGCAGAGGAGUCUUACAGCAGCUGCAGCCCACGGUCCACAAAGGAGAGAAUGUCCACAAACACUCCCGUCUAGCUGAGUGCACCACUCUUCGGCAGGUUCUGCAGCUCGGCUCGGAUAUCCUACCUCAGUACAAGCAGGAGACCCCCAAAACGCCCCCUCACAUCAUCCUCCACUACUGCCUGUUCAAGACGACGUGGGAUUGGGUCAUCCUCAUCCUCACCUUCUACACGGCCAUCAUGGUCCCCUACAACGUGUCCUUCAAGACAAAGCAAAACAACGUGACGUGGCUCGUGGUCGACAGCAUCGUGGACGUCAUCUUCUUGGUGGAUAUCGUUUUAAACUUUCACACCACCUUCGUGGGGCCUGCCGGAGAGGUUAUCUCCGACCCCAAGCUGAUCCGGAUGAACUACCUGAAGACCUGGUUCGUCAUCGACCUGCUGUCCUGCCUGCCGUACGACGUCAUCAACGCUUUUGAGAAUGUAGACGAGGGCAUCAGCAGUCUGUUCAGCUCUCUGAAGGUGGUCCGGCUGCUGCGUCUGGGCCGGGUCGCCCGUAAACUGGACCACUACAUCGAGUAUGGGGCGGCAGUCCUGGUUCUGCUGGUGUGUGUGUUUGGGCUGGCUGCCCACUGGCUGGCCUGCAUCUGGUACAGCAUCGGUGAUUACGAGGUUAUCGACGAGGAAACCAAUGUGAUCCGCAUGGACAGCUGGCUCUACAUCCUGGCUGAGACGGUGGGCCGGCCGUACCGUUUCAACGCCAGCGGCUCGGGGAAGUGGGAGGGCGGUCCGAACAAGGACUCGGUCUACAUCACCUCUCUGUACUUCACCAUGACCAGCCUGACCAGCAUCGGCUUUGGCAACAUCGCCCCAACCACAGACGGAGAGAAAAUCUUCGCCGUGGCCAUGAUGAUGAUUGGAUCCCUUCUUUAUGCCACCAUCUUUGGUAACGUGACAACCAUCUUCCAGCAGAUGUACGCCAACACUAAUCGUUACCAUGAGAUGCUCAACAGUGUCCGGGACUUCCUAAAACUCUACCAGGUGCCCAAAGGCCUGAGUGAAAGAGUUAUGGACUACAUUGCCUCCACCUGGUCCAUGUCGCGGGGUAUAGAUACCGAAAAGGUGCUGCAGAUUUGUCCAAAGGACAUGAGAGCCGAUAUCUGUGUUCAUCUUAACCGUAAAGUUUUUAAGGAGCACCCGGCUUUCCGGCUGGCCAGCGACGGGUGUCUCCGAGCUCUGGCCAUGGAGUUUCAGACCAUCCACUGCGCUCCCGGGGACCUGAUCUACCACGCUGGGGAGAGCGUGGACAGCCUGUGCUUCGUGGUGUCGGGAUCCCUGGAGGUCAUUCAGGAUGAUGAGGUGGUGGCCAUUUUAGGUAAGGGAGAUGUGUUUGGAGAUGUUUUCUGGAAGGAAGUGACUCUGGCUCAGGCCUGCGCCAACGUCAGAGCGCUGACCUACUGCGACCUCCACGUCAUCAAACGGGACGCGCUGCAGAAGGUGCUGGAGUUCUACACGGCCUUCUCCAACCACUUCUCCAGAAACCUGCUGCUCACCUACAACUUGCGAAAGAGGAUUGUCUUCAGGAAGAUCAGUGAUGUGAAGCGCGAGGAGGAGGAGCGACAAAGACGUAAAAAUGAAGCCCCUCUAAACCUACCACCAGAUCAUCCGGUCCGAAAACUCUUCCAGCGUUUUCGACAGCAGAAGGAGGCCCGCAUGGUGACUGACAAACCAGAUCUGGAUGAACCAGAUAUCGAGAAGGGCCCCAUCUAUGUAGACGUCUCAAUGUCCAAAUCAGCCAUCACGACAACCAGCGUUGUUACGGUGACGGAAAGUCCGGCGACACCCUCCUCUUCAACACCUUCCCCGUCCACGUCUCCCAACGGCACCCCCUCAGACAAGGCAAAGCUGCAAGUGCCCCCGCCCAAAUCUCUGGUGGGAUGCCGGUCUGCUGAGCCAGUCAAAGUCAAAGGCUGGGGCCGCUUCAAGGAGUCCAUAACCAAAGCCGAUACCUGGAGCAAAGUGUCCAAAGCCGAGUCCAUGGAGACCUUACCUGAAAGGACCACAGCGCUCGAGUCGCGGACGUCUCUAAAGAAGACCGACUCGUGUGACAGCGGUAUCACCAAGAGUGACCUGCGCCUGGACAAAGUGGGCGAGUUCCGGAUGACUCCCCAGGACCGCAGUCCCGCCCAGCCUCUGGAGCCUAGGCACACUUUCUACCCCAUCCCAGAGCAAUCGCUUCAGGCCUCCCUUCAGGAACUCAAGGUGGAGCUGAAAGAGGACCUCAAGAGCCUGACCGUGCGAAUGUCCAGCCUGGAGGCCCAACUUGCAGAGGCUCUUGAGCUCCUAAGAGCAAGAAAAUCAAGCACUGGAUCUCUAGAGCCUCUUUUUGACAUUUCUAGACCAGCAUCACCAGAACUGGAAAAAGAGGACAUCUUCUCUUGA